UGACACAUGUGUGCAGUUCUCCCAGAUCUACCCUGUAGUCUGCAUACCCUCCAGCUUCUUUAUCGGAGAAAAUGGGAUUCCUCUGGAGGUUAUAGCUGGAUGUGUGUCUCCUGAUGAGCUGUUGCAGAGAAUCAACAAUGUUCAGCAGAUGCACAUUCAGGAACUUGGCAAUGCUAGAGCUGUAACAGAACCCAGUAAUCCUACUGAGACCACCCCACCUGCUACAGUACCAGCCUCAACCCUCGAUGGGCCUGCUGGGUCAGAAACAGCAGCCAGUGAGCCUGGAACCAAACCAUGCACGGUAACAGGAUCCGUCUCAAGUAAUGUGGAUGAUGGCAGGUUUUCAAACACUCCAGCAGCAUCUUCAGACCAGGCUGCUCAGGUGGAAGAAAACCUGGAUUCUAAAGUAGAAAGAUUGACUAAGAAGUUGGAAGAGAAACGGGAGCAAAGGAAGAAAGGAGAAGAGGAGAAUGAAAUAAAAAAAGAAAUGGAGCGCAGGAAGAUGGGGAAAAUUGUACAAGAUUUUAAGAGGAAACAGGAAGAGGAGAACAACAAGCGACUUCUGGAGGAAAGGAACAGAGAAAAAGCAGAGGAGAAGGCUGCCAAGGAGCGUGUUAGGCAGCAGAUUGCCAUGGACCGGGCUGACAGAGUUGCCCGCUAUGCCAAAACCCAGGAAGAUGAGAAGGCUGCCAAGCAGGCCCUUCUGCAGUCCAGACAGGCCGAGCAGGAACCAAAUAAGGAGCCAGUGCUCAGAGAGAGGAGUACCAUUACAAGGAUACAGUUCAGACUCCCAGACGGUUCAUCCUUCACCAACCAGUUCUCCUCACAAAGCAGACUACAGGAGGCUUGGGACUUUGCUGCUGAGACGGUGGGAAAUCGUUAUGGUAACUUCGCAUUAGCAACAAUGUUUCCUCGGCGUGAGUUCACAAAUGAAGACAUGAACCAGUCUCUGCUAGACCUGGAACUGACUCCAAGUGCUUCCUUUGUACUCCUGCCACAUUCAGGAAGAUCUACUAACUCAGUGGUCCAGUCGUCUGGGGGUGGUAUUUGGACUGCUCUGGGAACAAUCCUCUUCCCUCUGUUAGCUGUAUGGAGAUUCCUCAGUUCCUUCUUUGUAACCCCAACCUCCUCUGCAUCAGAAUCCAGAAACGCUGGCCAGCUUUUAAACUCUCAAACCAGCUCAGAUUCAUCCUCAGCCAAAGCUAAGAGAGAAAUUCCCUCAAAACACAGUUUGGAGAAUCGUCCCAGGGACUUCAAGAAAGAUGGUAAAAUCUGCCGGCUUCGCACUCAAGACGACGAGGAUGACAACAACACCUGGAAUGGGAACUCCACCCAACAGAUGUAGUUUACUGGGCAUGAAGAGCUCUUCCCUCACCUGGGUCUUAAUUAAUUUUACCUAACAAGCUUCUAAUGAAUUUAAAGCUGAAUGUUCUGUUUUCUUUUUCAGCUACAAUGUUCAGUCUCUGUCGACCUGGAUUGGAGGGGGAGGUUAAAUAUUAUCAAACUAAAUUCUUUUGAACUUAAGAUAAACGGUAAUGUGUCGAUUAUAACAUGGUUCUGUCUCCUGAAUCAGGAYCAUAUUGGAACAAAAAUCCCAAGAUUUUAACCCAUCAUUUAUGAUUUUGCUUAUAGUUUGAAGAAAUCUAAGGGAUAUGUUUAUAACAACCAGUUCCUUUACCAGAUCAGACUGACAGGAAAAGCGUUUUUGGGUUAUCUUCAAAUCUUUUUUGGGCCUAAUGUUCCAUGAUGAUACUGCAUUUUGAAUUGACAGUAAUUUAUGGUGAUUACCUUACUAGAAUUAUUCUUUUAAAUGUACAAAAUAUUUGGUAAAAUAGCUUGCUUUUGACCGAUGACCRUACUUGUGUUGGUGUUGGAUUGAUUGACUAUUUAUUAUGGUUACAAUGAGUGACAAAUGUAGUUUUCUUCAUUCAGCAAUAAGAAAUAAAGCAUUUUGUUUCCAAAUA